GGGACCUGAACCUGGUGAGCCUCCACAAGAGGAGGCUGAGGGGGAUCUAGUGGCCCUUUACAAACUAGUCCGAGGGCACCAGCAGGCACUGGGGGAGCCCCUGUUCCCCCGAGCACUCCCAGGAGUGCCUAGAAAUAAUGGCACAAGCUGGCAGAGGGCAGAGUCGGGCUGGAUAUCAGGAGGCGCUCCUGCACAGUCAGGGCGGCUAGGACCUGGAGCCAACUUGCAAGGGAAGUGGUGCUGGCUCCUCCCCGGGGCUCUUCAAAAGGAGGCUAGACAGUCAGCUAGCCGGGGUGGUCCGAUCCCCGCGCUCUUCACUGCCCACAGCCGGGGGGCGGAUUGGAUGAUCUGCUCAGGUCCCUUCAGACCCUCUCAGCUAGGAAACUAGAAAACACAGUGGCACGUGGAGGCAGCCAGGUCUUAACGGUCCCCGGGAGCUCCGGUGGGCUCACAAACCAGGACGCGGCACACACGACCCCCGGCGAGAGCAACGCGUGGCUGGUUUGGAAAUGGUUUUGGACACGCUGUACACCGCACGUAGAGACCCCCCUUUUCCAAACAAGGCCACGGAGCCCGUACACAAAACGGAGCCUGUGUUUCACUCUUCUGUGACAACAGGGACUUUAUACAAUUUCUUAUGCCCCUGCUUCUGUCCCUUUCGUAGCACACCGAGAGCCCAUCGAAUCACCAAACACGGGGUGGAAGAGAUGUCGGGAGGCCGCGUAGUCGCCCCCUGCUCAAGGCAGGAUCACCCCCUACAAACCCGCCCAACCAAGCAUCGAACCGGCUCUCACGCACGGGCAAGCAUGGAGAUUGCACAACUCUCUGGGGAGCCCGCUUCAAUGCUCCGGAAGAAAUCACCCUCGUACAGUGGGAAAGGUCUAAAGUCAAACCUAAAUAUCCCCUGCUGCAAUUCUUCAUUGCCUCUGAGCCUGUUUCCUGUGGCUGAAGAAAACAGGGCACAUCCCCAUCCUCCCCACAGCCACCUUCCAGGGGUUUGCAGACAUUGAGCUCUCGAGGACUAAACUUGGAGCGCAUUCAUUCAACCAGGAUCCAUCCAUCUUCCAGUGCCUUCGUCUCAAAUGAAAGCGAUGCCGUCAUUACCGUUAAAGACUCAGGCAGGAAAGGUAAAAUCAGCAUGGUAGAGAAGGAGCAUGGCCUCAAGGCACAGGGACCACAUGAGAUCCAUGAAAGAGCCUCUUUAGCCACGGCUCUGGUGAAAGGGCUGUUUCACCAAGGGCAGAAGAGGGAGGUGGAGGACACGCAUCUCUUUAAACAGUUCGCCCUCCAGAAAGGGCAAGGGCUUGGAGGGAACGGAGGGAAGUUGCCCAUGGAGGUGGUGAAAUGCGGAGAGCCUGGGAAGGUGCACACCGCCAAAAGGCCCAGUGUAGGCGGCGAGUGAUGCAGUGUAUUCCUCCCAGCUCAGAGCUGGGAGCCAGUGGCAGCCCCCCUGGGCUCCAGAAAUCGGGGUCACAGUCACCGCAGGGAACACGUGUGAGCUAGACCUGGGCCGUCGGUCUCUGUGCACACUCAAGAACUGGUGUGAGUUAGGAGCUGGUGUUGCAGUCCCUUUGCUCGUGUGCUGUCACAGUGUCCUGCAGGGAAAGCCUGGCAGGGCGCAGUCCUGCUUGAAGUCCCUGCACGCCAGUCCCUGGUCUCACACCCGGGGGCUGAUGCAGCGGUGUGGCCGGACACGGCGGAGACGUGCACGUGGGGAGACGCGGAGAAUGCGGACACGCAUCACAAUGGCCCCUUCUAGAACCGGCUCGGCGCGGUGCGGCUCCUGGAGACGCACACAGCAGUUGAGCCGAACUGCUCCCCAGCUGUCACUGCUUGGGAGGCAGGGCACAACUGCGUCCUUGCUGUGCUGCUGACCGCAAGGACAGCUACAGACGAGUGGAGAGUCUGCUCUCCCGGGUCCCAGACAUGGGCUGUUUUGGAGAAGGAGAAAGGGGAGAUCAGGAGGAAGGGUGCGGGUGCAUCACUCUGCAUUCUUUCCUGAAGUGCUGCCGCCCCAGCAGGCAGGAAGGGCACAAGGAGGAAGGCCUGGAGCAGGGAGCCAGCUCCAGGAGGAGCAGCAGGCGCCACGAGCAGGCCGUUGAAGACCGUGUUGAAAGCCUGCUGCAGGAUUUCCACAAUGUCACCAGGUUUUUCUGUGACUACAGGGCCUUUUCUUCUCCAGGCGAGGUCCUGGAAGUCCUCCUGCGCAGGCAUGGAAACGAGGACGCCUGGAUUGGAUCAGGAGACGCCAGAAGAGUCCUCGGGAACCCGCUAGCCCUGCUCCUCAGCACCUGGCUCCUUACAACGCCAGAAGAUUUCAGGGAGGCACCAGGUUACCCCAAUUUAAAGAGACUGCUCCAGUACCUGCAAGGAGACAUGCCUGGCUCCCAAGUGCUGGAAGAGGCAGAACACCUCCUGGCCAAGUUUCUCAGCGAAGAGCUAGAAAAUGAGAGCCAGAGCGGGGACCAGCCCGGGGACCAGCCUGAGCUCGAACAUCAGGAGCAGCCUGGGGACCUGCCCAAGGACCAGCCUGGCAACCAGCAUGAGGACCAGCCCGGGGACCAGCCAAGGGUCCAGCCCGGGGAACAGCCUGAAGGCAAGCCUGGGGAGCUACCCAGGGACCAGCCUGGGGAUCAGCCUGUGGUCCAGCCCGAGGACGAGGCUGAGGAUCUGCCCGAAAACCAGCUUGGGGACCUGUCCGAGGAACAUGCUGAGGACCAGCCUGGGGACGUGCCCAAAGACGAGCCUGGGGACCUGCCUCAGGACCAGCCUGGGGACGUGUCCAAAGACAAGCCUGACGACCUGCGCGAGGACCAGCCUGGGGACCUUCCUCAAGAAAAGCACAUUGGAGACGCCCGUGUAAUUCGGAGCCUGAUGCCGAACAGCAAAGGCUGUGUAUAUAAAAGCAUCCUGGUAACCUGCCAGGACAGGACAACAGACGUGAUUGAAAAAAUAUUCACCAAAUAUGAUGUGGACCUCAUAGAAGUGGAUAACUUUGAACUUGUGCAGGUCAUCUCCGAGCACAAAGAGCUAGUCUUCCCGCAGGGAGCUAAUGUGUUUUACGGGAUGAACAGCCAGUGCAGUACAGACCUCAUCCUGCGAAGAAAGCCCUGUUUAAUUUUCGGCCCAUGGCCCGAUGAGCACAAGAAGAGGAGGCGCCUACCCAGGCUCUUUCGAGGUGGCCGGAGCAGACGCAGACGCCUAAGUUUCUAAGGAGCUGCCGUGAAUCCCAUUGCCAGGCUGGGGGACACUGGGGCUGGGGGGUUGGGGUGCAGGCAUGGGAGGGAC